GCACCACCCGCGAUCUGUGCCCGCUGUGUCCUCCGGACAGUGAAACACCGAUCGUCGGACGGGACCUCUGUGCGAGGUCCCGAUCAUGUGAUCACUCAUUGGCGAAUCAGUGAUCACAUGCAAAGUAGUAAGCAAGAUGUCACUUGUGACAUCAUUGCUUACUAUCUAUUGAGAACUACUGUGUGAGCUGUGAUUGGUCACAGCUUAUCACAUGGUACAAGGCUGUUGUUAAUAGCCUUGUACCAUGUGACCUCUGUGAUCAUUCACAGAU